AAGACUUGGCUUUUUUGUGGCAUCAGAAGGGUUAACUGGUCAGUAACAGUGAGGUGGGACAGAAGUUGUGCCAGUGACAUAGGAAACAUUGCCCCAACUAUGGGUUGAAUCCUCUACCUGUGCUUCUACCGUGCUGCUCUUCCUCAACAUGGGAAGGUUGAGCAUCUCUUGCUUGCUUCCAGCUUCCUGGCACUUCAGCCUCUCAGCAACUGGGUUCCCACGUCUCCUAAACCCCACUUUCCGGCAGCUGUUGGUGAUUGGCGCAGCAGCUGUGAUCCUCCUUUUACUCAUAUACUCUCUGCUCAUGGCCAGGACCAAAUACAGCAGUUCUUACCUGGACAGGAAAUAUCAGAGGUACCUGGCUCGGGUUACAGACAUGGAAGCCACUGACACAAGCAACCCCAACAUUAAUUAUGGCAUCGUUGUAGACUGUGGAAGCAGCGGCUCACGGAUAUUUGUGUAUUGCUGGCCACGUCACAAUGGAAAUCCACAUGAGCUGCUGGAUAUCAAGCAGAUGAGAGAUCAUAAUAGGAAGACUGUGGUCAUGAAAAUCAAACCAGGUAUUUCCGAACUUUCUAGCACCCCAGAGAAAGCCAGUGACUACAUCUCCCCCUUGCUUGACUUCGCUGCCAGCCACAUCCCCAGGGACAAGCACAAAGAGACCCCUCUGUAUAUCUUGUGUACGGCAGGUCUCCGAAUCUUAACUGAGAGUCAACAGGAAGCCAUUCUGGAAGAUCUGAGGACGGAUAUCCCAGUGCGAUAUGACUUUCUAUUCUCCGACUCCCACACUGAGGUCAUUUCAGGCAAACAAGAAGGAGUUUACGCCUGGAUCGGCAUUAAUUUUGUCCUGGGGCGCUUUGAUCACAUAGAAGAAGAAGAUGACGCUGUAGUGGAGGUGAAUGUCCCCGGGGCUGAUAAUAAGGAAGCGAUCCUGCGCAAGCGCACAGCAGGCAUUCUAGACAUGGGCGGCGUCUCCACCCAAAUCGCAUAUGAAGUCCCUAAAAGUGUAAGCUUUGCCUCCUCCCAGCAGGAAGAAGUGGCCAAGAACCUGCUGGCGGAGUUCAAUCUUGGCUGUGAUGCUCAUGAGACACAACACGUUUACCGAGUGUAUGUUGCCACUUUCCUGGGGUUUGGAGGUAACGCCGCUCGACAGAGAUAUGAAGAUCACGUCUUCUCCAGUAACAUGGAAAGGAAUAGGUUACUGGGGAAGCAAAUUGGCAUGUCGGAGGAUACUCCAUACCUGGACCCCUGUCUUCCUCUGGAUAUCUCUGAUAAAAUCCAGCAACGAGGGCAUAUUAUGUACUUACGUGGCACAGGGGACUUCCAGCUUUGCCGGCAGAUCAUUCAGCCCCUCAUGAACCUGUCUAAUGAGACACAGACCACCCUGAAUGGUAUUUACCAGCCACCAGUGCCCUACCAGAACAGCGAGUUCUACGGUUUCUCCGAGUUCUACUAUUGCACGGAGGAUGUGCUGCGUAUGGGAGGGAGCUACAACUCUACUCGCUUUCUGCUGGCCGCACAAGAUUACUGUGCCACCAAGUGGUCUAUGCUGAGGGAGCGAUUUGACCGUGGCCUUUACGCAUCACAUGCUGACUUGCACCGCCUCAAGUACCAGUGCUUUAAGUCUGCCUGGAUGUAUGAAGUUUUCCACACAGGAUUUUCCUUCCCUACUAACUAUGGCACCCUCAAGACUGUUCUGCAGGUGUAUGAUAAAGAAGUGCAAUGGACCCUGGGAGCCAUUUUGUAUCGGACCAGAUUCUUGCCACUGAGAGAUAUCCAACAAGAACAUUUCCGAGGCAACCAUCCCCAUUGGCGAGGGGCAUCCUUUGUGUACAAUCACUACUUGUUUCUGGUGUGCUUCCUGGUUGUGUUACUGUCUAUUGUGCUUUACCUGCUGAGACUUCGACGCAUUCACCGCCGCAUGCAGCGCAACACCUCCUCUUCUGCUCUGUGGGUAGAGCAAGGACUUCAGUCUCCUGGACUAACAAAUGUUCUAUGAGCCUUACCUGCACACUUCUCACUGGAUCGGCAAGAAGAUAGUAGUAGCUCCCUCUUUAAGAGAGCCGGAUUCUCCCUGGCAUGUACAGAUGCAUUUAACAAAGCCAUGUUUUUAGACUCAGGGUCACCUUUAAGUGAGAGUGAUGGAGCCCUUUCUUCAGUCAAUAAGGGCAUAUCAUAAAUCAUGAUGAUGAUGAUGGAAGAACAUUUGUCAUCCUCUAGAUGGCUAUUACAUCCUCACCUCGCACACAACAAAGACAUAGAUGAAGUUGUUGUUCAGGUUGUUUUAGAUCAUGGUGUCCAAAAGGUGGAUCGGCAUCUACCAGUAGACCUUUAGUUGGUGAUCAGUAGAUCUCAAAACACUGUCAACAAUAUAUAAUAUUUAAGUAAUGUUUUUCAUGGAACCGAAUACUUACAGUAAUAAUAUAGAUGUAGAUCAUAAUGGGACAACUUCACUAAAAGUAGACCCCCGCAUUACUAAAGUAUGGGCGCUCCUGGUUUAGAACAUUGUGAGGCCUUGGUCAUGAUGUGAAUGGGAGAUUUAAUUUAAGGAAACUUUUAAUAUAUUAUAGAAUUGCUAAUUCUAAACAACUUUUCAGUUGAUCUUCAUUAUUUAUUUUUUUAAUUAUUUGCCUUUUUCUUCUGACUCUUUCCAGCUUUCAAAUGGGGGGGUCACUGACCCCCAUCUUAAAACAAACGCUCUGUAAGGCUACACAUGUAUUGUUAAUUUUCAUUACUCAUCUUUCUAUUCAGGCCUCUCCUAUUCAUAUUCCAGUCUCUUAUUGAAAUCAGUUCUUGUAUGUAGCACGGAGCACCACAGCGUCAAAUCGGUGCAUGGCUGCUAGGGUGGGUGGACCCUAGCAACCAGAUGGCUGAAAUUGCAAACUGGAGAGCUGCUGAAUAAAAAAUAAUUCAAAAACUAUAAAUAAUGAAAACCAAUUGCAAAUUGUCUCAGAAUAUCACUCUCUACAUCAUACUAAAGGUUUAUUUAAAGGUGAACAACCCCUUUAAGACCCCAAGCAGUUGCUUCACCCUAAGAGGGUGGCUAAGAGGGUCGGUCGCCUUCCUUUAGUGUCUGCCAUGUCCUCUUUGUUCUGAAUGGGUCAGUGUUAAUGAUAAAUAGGUUUGUGCUUUUCCGUGCAAGAGUAUUUGUUUGGGGCAUCCGUGCCUAUGUGUUAGCACCCUCUCCUUAUUCUGCCUUAUGGGGAGAUUCUAAGAAGGGGAGUGGCUGCUACAUUGCAUGUGUCUUUGUACAUAUGACAAUAGAAAUUGGUGAACAGACUCUUCCUAUGAAACCUUCCAUCCAUAAAAGGACUUGCGCAGUGUAGUAGUUUGUAUGAUGAAGCAGUUGGGAAAUUAAGUUGAAUCGCAGUGCCCAUAAAUGAUAAUGGAUGGAAACCUGCUGCAGCUGUUUGUAUGUUAGGCACCAUCUUUGUCUCUGUACGCGCACACGCACACGUGUGUAAAUCAUGGCACCUGUUUUAGCCCCAUUGUCAACUGCACUUUAAACUGCAAUUAGGAUUUACGGUUAAAAGUGCCUCUUAGUGAAUUCUUAAGUACAGCCUUCUGCUUCUGGCCCUUACCUGCAGUUAUGUGGUUUACAGGAUCUCGUUAAAGGAAAACAAAAAUGAAGGCUUGCUAAAAAAAAAAAAAAAA